AUGUCUGAAAGAACUUAAUGGAUUUAUAAAAGCAAAGAAAUUUUAAAACCUAUUUUAGAGACUCAAUUCAUUGGAGUUUCAAGAGCAAUCUUAGGAUUACCUAUGGAUCAUUUCUUUGAUCGCUUUAAGACUUUAAUCUAGGCUUCAUAAAAUAACAAUUUUAAACAAGUAAGCAUUGAAAGUAACAAUUAGUUAUUUCUUGAAAGUUAUAAUCGAAAUGGAAUAUUCCGUGGAAUAUUCGCUGGGUUUUCAUCAUAAAUAAGCAUUUAAUUAUUUAAAUAAUACUACAGGUAAACUAGUUAAUUAGCAUAUUUAGAUGGCCGAUGAUGAUUUUGAUUCCAAGACUUUAUAUGUAAAUAUUGCCUGAAAAGAUUAAAGAAUCUGCACCUGCUUUACAUAAAGGAUUAGCAGGAAUAACUAUCGCUUUAUUUGAGUCUUUUGUAACUUGUCCAUUUGAAAGAGUUAAAUGUCAAGUGAUGACUUAAUAAUAAUCAAAAUCAGGUAAUAAUUUCUAGAAAUAUCUUUAGUUUUAAAAUAUAUGUGGGAACAUGAUGGAGGUAUUAAAGGGUUUACUAGAGAUUUGUUUACUGGAAUGGAAGUCAUGGUUUUAAAAUAAGUUGUUUCUUGGACAAAUUAUUUAUAUUGGGAUCAUAGAGUUAGAUAUUAUUUCAAAAGACAUCCAUCAUAAAAAUUAACAGUUAAAGAGAUUGUCCUAUGUUCUAUAUUCACAGCAAUUCCAAACAUUGUUAUUGUUCAACCAUUUGAUAUGAUUAAAACAUAAUUUUAAAUGGAAAAUAAUGAUUAAAUAAAAAAUCUAUCAAUUUGGAAUGCAUUUAAAAAAGUGUAUUAUGAAAAGGGAAUACCUGGUUUUUAUGCUGGAUGGUAGAUGAGAUUUUGUUAAUUCAUGUUCUAAGCAUUAUUAACAACUCCUGUUAUGGAUUAUUUAGAAAGAUUACAUGGAGUUGCAUAAAAAGUGUAGUGA